CGGCUUCGCUGGUCAGCUGCGGAGACCUCGAGUUUCCAAACGUCGGGGUUUCACGCGAGUCACGGUGAUUUCUUUACUACACAUAGGCCAAUAGCGGGAGAAACGAGAUUUAACUUUUUUUCUGUCUUUGGAUCGAGCGUGCACCAGAGUUGCUACCUCGGUGUAUGUCAAAACGCUGUUUACAGGAAACCAAAGAGACGUAUGUGUCAGAAAAACUAAGAAGUUGAGGGGGCGUGGAAAGACGACCAUCAGCGAGCUCUCUGGCGUAAGGAACCGCCUCUGGUGUCGGCACCGCAGCUCCCAGUCAGGAGACGGCCUCUGUCAAUCAACUCCAUUCACUGCGUAUCUGGAUAUACGAUGAUCCUUUUUCUAGUGACCUCUGAUAUAUCUAACUAGGAGGCACAGCCAUGCGCUGCUGUGUGCGGAGCUCUGGGGCCCUGUCCCCUGCCCUGCUCCGUCAGGUCUUCUCUAAUGCUGGGUGUUGGGGGGCAGGACCAGGCCGACGGGGCCUGUGGUCCUCCCCCAGAAGCCUGGCCACAGUUGGGGAGGCGCACCCUGCCCCCCUGCCCAGCCAGGCCCGCGUGGUGAUCUGUGGCGGGGGAAUCGUGGGGACUUCAGUGGCAUAUCACCUGGCCAAGCUUGGCUGGACAGACAUUGUACUACUGGAGCAGGGAAGGCUGGGCGCAGGUACAACCCGACUGUGUGCAGGUAUCGUCAGUGUGGCCAAGCCCAUCUCAAUUGAGAGCAAGAUGGCAGAUUACUCCAAUGCUCUGUAUGAGCGCCUGGAGGACGAGACUGGUGUGAAGACAGGGUAUGUGAAGACUGGCUCUCUGUGCCUGGCCCAGAAUCAAGACCGCUUCCUCUCGUUGAAGCGCCUGGCCUCCCGUCUCAAGGUGAUAGGGAUCAGCUGUAAUGUCAUCAAACCCAAAGAGGUGGCACAGCUCCACCCUUUGGUGAAUAUUCAUGACCUGGCAGGGGCGCUCCAUCUGCCAGGGGAUGCUGUGGUGUCACCUCCAGACGUUAACCACGCCCUUGCUGUAGCAGCUGCCAGCCAUGGGGUGCAGAUUCACGAGCGCACCACUGUGAACCAUGUGUUGGUGGAGAAAGGCCGUGUCACAGGCGUGGAGACUGACAGGGGGCCUAUUGAGUGCGAGUACUUUAUCAAUUGUGCAGGACAGUGGGCGUACGAGCUUGGCCAGGCCAGUGAAGUGAAGGUGUCUGUGCCCCUGCAUGGCUGCGAGCAUUUCUACCUCCUCACCAAGCCCCUGCAGCAGCCACUUCCAGCCAACACACCAGUGGUAAUGGACAUGGAUGGUAGGAUCUAUGUGCGAGCCUGGCAAGGGGGUAUCUUGUCUGGGGGCUUUGAAAAGAACCCUAAGCCCAUCUUCACUGAGGGCCGGAACCAGCUGGAGAUCCAAAACAUGCAGGAGGACUGGGACCACUUUGAGCCCAUGCUUAGUGCCCUUCUGCGACGCAUGCCCAGUCUGGACUCCUGUGAGAUCCACCAGCUGGUCAACUGCCCCGAAUCCUUCACCCCGGACAUGCGCUGCCUCAUGGGAGAAACGCCCAGCGUGAGCGGCUACUUCGUCCUGGCUGGGAUGAACUCCUCUGGGCUUUCAUUUGCUGGGGGCGCGGGCAAGUACCUGGCUGAGUGGAUGACGUAUGGUUACCCUUCUGGGAAUGUGUGGCCCCUGGAAAUCAAGCGCUUUGGGAACCUGCAGAGCAGCCGCACAUUCCUACGCCACAGAGUCAUGGAGGUCAUGCCCCUGCUGUAUGAAUUGAAGGUGCCUCGCUGGGACUUCCAAACGGGUCGGCAGCUGCGCACCAGCCCCCUGUAUGACCGGCUGGACACACAGGGUGCUCGCUGGAUGGAGAAACAUGGCUUUGAGAGGGCCAAGUAUUUUGUUCCACCCGGAAAAGAUCUUCUGGCCCUUGAUCAAAGUAAGACCUUCUACAAGCCAGACUGGUUUGACAUUGUGGGUGCAGAGGUGAAGUGCUGUAAGGAGGCUGUGUGCGUUAUCGACAUGUCUUCCUUCACUAAGUUCGAGCUUAGUUCCACUGGAGACCAGGCCCUGCAGCUGCUGCAGCACUUGUGCGCCAACGACCUGGAUGUGCCAGUGGGAUACAUCGUUCACACGGGCAUGCUUAACGAGAGGGGGGGCUACGAGAAUGACUGCAGUGUGGUCCGCAUCAGCAAGAACAGCUUCUUCAUCAUCUCUCCUACUGACCAGCAAGUGCACUGCUGGGCUUGGAUAAAGAAGCACAUGCCCAACGACCCCCAUCUGCACCUAGAGGACGUUAGCUGGAAGUACACAGCACUGAAUCUGAUUGGUCCGCGGGCUAUGGACGUGCUCUCUGAACUCUCGUAUGUCUCCAUGACCCCAGAGCACUUCCCGUCUCUCUUCUGUAAGGAAAUGAGUGUGGGUUACGCCAACGGGAUUCGGGUCAUGAGCAUGACACACACAGGAGAACCAGGCUUCAUGCUGUAUGUUCCCAUUGAGUAUGCUCUACACGUCUACAAUGAGGUGAUGUCAGUGGGGCAGAAGUAUGGGAUCCGUAACGCUGGUUACUACGCCCUGCGCAGUCUGCGCAUUGAGAAGUUCUUCGCCUUUUGGGGCCAGGACCUGGACACCUUCACCACCCCUCUGGAGUGUGGUCGUGAGUUCAGGGUCAAAUUUGACAAGGACACAGACUUCAUUGGGCGGGAGGCCCUACUGAGGCAGCGCCAGGAGGGGGUGUGCCGGCGUUUCAUCAUGCUGGUGCUGGAGGACCAUGAUACAGAGCUGGACUUGUGGCCCUGGUGGGGCGAGCCAGUGUACCGUAAUGGGGAGCUGGUAGGGGUGACCACUAGCAGCGCCUACAGCUACACCCUGGAGCGCCACGUCUGCCUGGGCUUCGUUUCUCCACCUAGCCAGGACGGAACACCGGCCAUCAUCACACCUGACUUCAUCAACCGGGGGGAUUACGAGGUAGAUAUUGCUGGACAGAGGUACCCUGCCAAGGCCAAGCUCUACCCCUUCAGCUCUCUCUUCGCCCAGCAGCGCAGACGCAAGGACGACAUGGAGCUCAGCAACUUCCAGGGCAAGUGAGGGCAGGGAGCAAGGCCAGGAGGCAGAGUCUCUCAUCCUGGGGCUCUACACACAACGCUUGUACAAUCGGUCCUCCUCAGUCUCUCUCCAAAGUGCAAUAUCUGUGAAACCAAACCCACCAGGUGUGUUGCACUUUAACCCAGAGUGGUUCGGAAUGUUGAGCAUUUCUGUAUUUCUCCGUCUCAUUCUAUCUCAAAAUCUCUCUCACCUUCGAUCCCUCCAUGACCACAUCUCCCUGGUAGGGAUACAUGCCAUCACUGAGAAAUUCCUAUAGCCAUCCCAGCAUAUCAGGUCUGGGACUCCGCUGUCAAUGACAUCAUCUCACAAAAAUUUUUCCUGCUCAGAGGCAAAACCUGUUUAUUAGUAAUAGUGUAAGAAUGGUAAUAAGAUGACAUACCUCAUACCAUGUCUUCUGUUGUAGAAAUGGUAAUGAUGGUAGGUUGGAUACUUGCUGACGUUCAGUCAGAAUUCCAUCUAGUCCAGUAUUAAAGUGCCACUGAUGCGCUUGUUUAUAAUGUUGUUUGUAACUUGUCAGCUUGUGUUAGGUUUAAUUUUUUAAAGAUGGCUUUGAAUGUCUGUGAUGUGGAGCUUGUAAGUCAUUUUUUUGGAAAUUUCAUUUAAUCUGGAUGUGCUGAUGACUGAAGUCACAGCCAGGGGAACCAGAGCUUAACUUACUUUUGUUGUAGUUGCUCUACAAUGAAGGUAAAAGUCCCCAAGUGUAAAAAAUUAGGAAAGGUUGGGUCCCUAUAACACAUUUGUCUUCAUUAGCUGUAUGGAAACCAAUGAAUUUAUCCCACAUUUCUGUCCUCACAGUGAGGCAUUUAAGGUUUGGGAAGGGUUAAGUGCUUUGAGGGCAACAGUACUGCAGCAGUUAAAUGCCCCCUCAGAGUAACCUCUGUAGUUCAGAUCUUCUCAACCAGAGCUUGUGUAGGUAGGAUUUGUGGUGCUCAUUGUAUGAAGUGUUUUCAAUGGCAUCUGAGCAAUCAGCCCUAAAGAUAGAAGCUCUUGUGUGAAGUAUGGAAGCUGCAGUGUCUCCACUGUUGGUUGUACUUGUCCACAGGGUCAGUCUGUGUGAAAUCCAUAUGACUUUUCAAAACAUUUUUGGGUGUCUUGAAAGUUUAUUCGGAUGUCCCCUCUUUCAUUGCACCAGUUGCAUCAGAAUGCACCAUUAAUGUACUGUUUAUUCAGUCUUUUUGUCUGCAGAGGAGUGCUGGUGUAAAAAUAUGAAAGAUUUAAAAAUUCUGGCAAAAAAAAAACUUUAAAUAAAUUUAUUUUUGUAAUGACUGAUUGACAACAAGCAGGAGGAGUAUUGUACAGUUAACUGUUCCUGUAUGUUUUAUGACUUGCAAAAGCUUUGUGCACAUCAACUAGUUAUAAUUAUUCCCUCUGAAGUGCUGGGUGUUCCCCUUUAAAAGUGUUCUGAGGAUGUGUGACUUUGAACCCCCUCUCUUCUCGUUUGAGUCGACAGCCUUUUUCUCUUUGAGGGAAGUACUACUUUGGCCUUGAUUGAAACAGAGGUAUUGUUUUGUCUCUCUGUGAAUCCCAGUACAAAGUAGGGAGUUCCUGUCUGUACUAUAUACACCGUUUGUCUAAGGAGCUUCAAGAUUCUGUGCAGCAGCAAUGCUACUAUGCUGCUCUCUGCCAAUGUAUGCUCUGUUUAUUUGCAUGAUGAAGGAUUAUUCAGAUAACUUUCAGUGGGGAUUUUUACGUUCUUAUUGUAUGACCGAGUCCAAGAUGUGUCUGUCCUGUAUUUAAAAUGCUUUUAUUAGAUUUUACAAAAUGUUUUCUUCAGAGAGCUUUGAUGUAUUCUCCUUGGAAACAUGUUUGGCUUCUUAAUAGUUUGUGUCACUAAAGCAAAGGAUACACUUUUUUAUUUGUAUGGUGUGGUGUAGCGGUUGGGGAACUUGACACUGAUAAUUGUGCCCUUCAGUCAGGUAGUAAACCUGGGUGGCUUCAGUAACUGUCCAUCACUUUAAUUGGAUAAUAUGUAUGUAUGCAAGUUGCUGUCUGCUGAGCAAAUUAAUACAAAUAAAGAAGUGAUACAUAUUAGUCUGUUUCUCAGGGCAGGGCUGAAAAAUGGACAUAAGUGCAUUUGUGCACUCUCCCUAGAGUUGACCCUAAGAGAUAACGAUGAGUUCCAUCAGGUUGACCUCCUGUACUAAGCAUCUAUUUACUAUAUGAUAUAGGAAGGAAAUAUCACACGUGAGCACUGGCAAAGGGAUGGGAUUGAGGUCAGUCACUAUAUUGUAUUGAUAGUACGUUUUUGUCUGCCAACAGGAAAGCCUUUAUGCUUUAUUUCUAAAUAAUUAAUUGGCACUUUACCAAACAUGUAUUUUGUUUUCUUCAUACAGGAGUUUAUAUAAUCUCUCAUGUUGCAAAUACAUUAUUGUAAUCAACUGAACUGUACCCUGUUUAUGAACAUGUACUCAUAAAUGUACUCAUAAAUGUAAAUUGACAGGAAUAAUAGCAUUAAACAUUGAAUGACUAAUCAGUCAGGAACAGCCCAAGGAAAAAUACAUUGGAUAUUUUGUAUCUGAACUCCAGGUAUCUCUGGACAGUAACAGAAGCAGGCAUAGUCCUGAGCUUAACCAAGACAAUCAUUAUUGAUUCUGGCAUUCCUAAAUAUUUUCAUAUAAAAUUAAAGGUUUGUAUGUGUGUAAAUCUGUUCUUUUUAGAGACCCUGGGAAAAAUAUGUACUGUAUGUACAAGUAGAUGAGCAAAUAUUGGGCCAUUACAUCAUGUGCUUUGAUAUAUUUUCUUUUAUUAUUUGGGAAGAAAUAUAGAAAUAUAUAUUUUAUUUAAAUCAAUGUCUUCUUACAGAAUAUGCUACCUCUGCUGGUGUGGAUAUUAAAGAGUUGGGGUACUGGGGCAGCCAUUCAACAAACAGGUGCCAUCCUGACAUGUACACAAGGAGUCAGUGGUAAUGUCAUGACAUUGACGUGUGCAAUAUAUUUCAAUUAAAACAAAUUGGCAUCCGAUUUAUUUUGAUUUCAAGUGUGUUUGAUAUCUGCCAGGGCGGUCAUAUUGAAUUUCAAUCACCAGGCAUGUCUGAAGGUGUUUGGUAGUAUCUGUCCCAAUCAUCAUUUUACUGUUUGACUUGGAUCAGCAUGUUAUCAUGCUUUAAUAGGGCCAUCUCUCCAUGGUAUAAGUUGAUAGGUUUUUGACUUCUUUUUUUUACCAGAGUCGAACUCAACCAAACAGAAAACUUAGUUUUCUAUCUUGCAAUUCAUUAGGUGGAAAGGUAACUGUGAGCGUGUGUGUGUGUGUGUGCGCGCGCGCACGCGCGCAACAUUAUCUGUGCAUGCAGUCUGCAGGGGAGACUUGCAAAGGAAUGUGUACUGUACAGACAUAGUGGUCAUAUUUUUCCUCAGGGGUGGAAAUUAACAUUGUCCUGCCAAUUGGUUUAGACCUUGUGCUUCAGACCCUGUAGGAAAAAUUGUGAGUCAGCCAAUGGAACAGGUUUGCAGCAGUGUUUGAUUUUCAUGUCCAUCCAUUUUGUUUUUCUUUAGUAUUUACUUUUAAAAUAUUUUCAUCGGCCCCAUGAACUGGCGUUGAGAUUAAGAUAGCGAGUUGUGUCUGCCUGUAAUAGGGAACAGGGUUACCGUUUAUUUUGUGUGCAUGUGUGUGUGUGUGUAUGUGUGUGCAUGUGC